AUGAGUCUAUUAGUCGAGAAGAGUGUUAAAUAUUUGGUAAUAAAGAGUGGAUAGAAUAUGGUAAUGAAACACCUUCUAGCUGGAGAUUAAACUUAAAUUUUUAAUCAAUUUGAACUUUCUUCUGAGGAGGUUGUUUUUAUUAACAAAGAUUUUUUGAUAUAAAAAACAACAUAAAAUUCUUUAAAAAUUAUAGAUUUAAAUAAUAUGGAAGAAUAAACCGAAAUAAAGUAUAAUAUAUUUACAAUACAAGAACCAAAAGAAGGUGGAAACCUUUUGGUUCCACUAAUUGCAAUUGAAACUAAUUAAAUAAUUUAAAUUUUUUAAUUGAUGAAAGAGAAUAACAAAAUUCUUCUUAAACCUUUUGUUGGUGAGAUUAUUAUAGCAUAAGAUAAUCAAACCAAUUUAGCAUUUUCUGAUAAUUCUUAUUUUUUUGCAUAUUCUAAUAAAUAAUCCAUAAAUAUAUACUAAAUCAAAAGUUAGCAAAUUGUAAAAUUAUCAACUAUAAAUAUUGAUUUUGAAGUUAAAAAGAUUGAAUUAUCUAACUUUCAAAACAUUUGCAUUUUAAGUUAGGAUCGCCUUAUUUUUUAUAAUAAUUUUUAAGUAAUUGAAACCAUUGAUAAUUUUCAUAAGCAUACGGAUCUGGAGGAUCAGGAUGUAAAAACUAAUACAUUGUUUACAUCCCUUAAAUUAAACCAUAAUGACAAAUUGUUAGCUCUUUAAUUUUAAGACCAUAUUUACUUUUAAACUCUUUCUGAAAUUGAUUCUAAUAAUGCUAUUAAUAAAGCUUCUAAAGGUUAAAAGUUAUAUUCAAAUAUGUUUUCCACUUCAAUAGAUAAUAAAACAUUUGCAAUACUUGAUCAAAGAAUAAGAACAAUAAAAUAUUAUGAUUUUGAUUGGAAAAACAUUUUCCAGCCUUUAUAUAUAUUAGAAAUUGAAAAUGAAUAAAAUUUAUUAAACAUAUAGUUUAUAAAUGAUCCUAAUUCAAUCUUAGUUAUUUAUCCUGAUAAUAUUCAAAUUUGGAAUCAUAAAUCUUAAAAAAAAGAAAAGUCUAUUGAAGGUAGUUAUAACUUUAAAACAUAAGUAUCAAUAAAUACAGAUGUAGCGGUGAUUGUAUAUUCAAAAAUUUUAAUUAAUAAAAAUAUAAAAUCAAGAACUACAUAUUAAUAAUAAUUCUUAGCUAAAUAUCCACAUUUUACAUCAGAUGGUUAAUAUAUAGUAUUUGAGAAAAAUAAUGUCGAAAUUAUGUUUCAAAGUUUAUAAGAUCCAAAAUUAACAUAUACUUUUAAAAUAUGUAAUAAAGAAAACUUUUUAACAUUAUUACCCUAGAGUAAUUUAUUAAUAACUUUUGAUAACAGAAGAUUUUAUUUUAAUUUUUGGGAUGCUUCUAUAUUGGACAAUAUAAAUUUACUUCAUAAAAUUCCAAUUCUAGAUAAUAGAGAGAAUUGUAAACUUUAUAAGUAAUUACUAAUAUCAAAGAAUAAUAAAAAUGUUUAUUGUAUUUACAAUCUUAAAGAGCUUAUAAAUAAUAGUUACGACAACAUACUUGAUACAAAAUGUUCUCUUCUGAUGAUGUGUCCUAAUGAAACUAAAUAUUGUAAAGUAGAUGAAAAUAAGAUCUCAAUAUGGAAUUUAAAAGAAAGAGUGAGAUUAGAGGAUUUCAUAGGGCAUUUUGAAGCUAUUUCCGCAGUUAACUUUACUUAAGAUGAAAAAUAUAUGGUGUCUGUGGAUCGUGGUGGUUUAAUAAUAGUAUGGAAUAUGUUGAAUCAUUAAAAUAUAAAGAUCGAUCUCAAUAAAAAAGCAGAAUUGGUGAGCUGUAAAUUUAUGAACAUAUAGGAUUCUUUAGGAAUAACAUGUAUGAUUUAAAAUGAAAUUGUGAUUUUUGAUCUUAAGAACUUCGAAAGCUAUGAAAUAUAUCACAGAAUUCCUACAAAUCAAUAAUAUGAAAUUAUUGAUUAAAAUGUUUUUUCAAAAGGUAAUAAAUUAGCUAUUAGUUAUUUAAUUGAAAAGAAGAGAUUAUGUAUACGUAUUUUUAAGGUUGAUACUAAGGAAAUAAUUGAAAAUAUUACUAUAUCAUAUUUUUAGAUCUUCAUUUGCUCUAUUAAUAGUGAAGAAUAUUUCAUAAAGGAUAAAAAGGAAUAAUAUAUAUCUGUUAUUACACAAGAAACUAAUCAUUUUUGGAUGUAUAAUUGGAGUUUGUAGUUUUUAGAAAUAUAUAAUUUUAACAGUUCAAGUGGCGCUCUGCCAAUUUAUAGAAUUUUUCUACCUUUAAACUCUUAAGAUAUAUGUCGUUAUGGUUCUUUAAAACGAGUUAGGGUAGGAAACAAAUAUUUAACUUAUUACUAUGAAGACUAAUUUAGAAUUAUUGAUUUAGAACUCUAUAAAUAAUAAGUCUAUUUUUGUGUUUUUGACAAUGAAAUAGACUUUAAGGGUUAGUUGUCAGAAGACACUUUAAUCUUAUUUUAAUCAGAUAACUAAUCUUAAUCUUAUAACUUAAUUAACUAUAAAAGUGAUUAGCAGCAAAUUUAAACAUUAUUUAAUACAGAUUGUAAUCAAUUUAUAUUAGCUUUUUCAAAUAAUGGUUAAUAUUGUGCUUAAGGUUGGAACCUGGGGCAUAUAAGAAUUUUUAAGGUAUAAAAUAAUAAAAAAUGGAGUAAAUGGGGGGAUUGGAAUAGCAAAUAAAAAAAAAUAGAUUGUCUAAUAUUUAUUUAAAAUGAUGAAAUUUUAAUUAGUUCUUAAUAUAAUGAAUUAUCUUUUUGGAAUAUGAAGUAAGAAACAAUAUAAAAAGGAACUUUAAUUUAAGAGAUUAAAAUUGAUUUUAAGAUUGAAGAAAUAGUUGAUUCUCAUAAUGGAUAUAUUGCAUUAAGUUUAGAAGGUGGAAUUAUAUAAAUUAUAACUAUUGAUCAGUCAAAGUGUAAUAUUGAGAAUGAAAAUUACAAAAAACAAGUAAUAUAUAAUAUUAAUAUAGUAUUUCGGUUGUUAUAGAUCUUUUCCAUAAUUAUAUAACAUAUAGACAUAAAAUUGCAUUAUAUAAAACUCAAUUAUUAAAAAUUAGGAUAAUUAAUCAAUAUUACAUCUUUUUUCUAAUUAAGAAAUUAAAGAAUUUGAAUCUGGUUUCAAUAAUGAAGAGACUGAUGAAUGA